GGAAUACUAUCCCUGGUAAAGCUGGCUGGCAAUAGUAAACAACGACAGUGCAAGCAACGCAGCGCGCGCCGCCGGUGCCUUCGAACUUUCUGCUAAAUCAACGGACCACCUCUUCGAUAGAUAAAGGGUCGGUUCGAGUAGCAGAUCAAAAAUGACGAUAGGUAAACGAGCGGUCACCGUGCUGGCAGCAAUCACCAUCAUCGCUGUUGCGGUACCUUGCUUCACUGCACAGCCACCAUCUGCGGAUGAAUCCAUGGCACAGGACCGCACUAUUCGGCAAGCUGUACAAGCGCGAAAACGCGUCGCACAGACACCCAAAUGGGGCUUCUUCGGAACGAUUUUCCAUCUGAUUUUGGAGCAAGUCAACGACACAAAAAGCGCAUACAGUCAAAUAACGGAUUUGGUGAAUGGGCAGUUUACUGACGACCAGCCAGGAGUGACGGCAGCGCCGGACCCUGCCGACAAUGGAACGACGCCAACGCCUAAAAUCUCUAGAGCCGAGUUCCUCAAAAUACUUGAACGUAAUUUGAAAGGCUUACAACGUCUUCGCCAGCUAGAGUGGAGAGAAGCUAAAAAGGAUUCGAUGGCAAAUAUACAGAGGUACAAAGAAGAAAUAUUUGGCGGUAAAAAACCAAGGAAGAGAUGAUAAUUACCCACCCUCUGAAGUGCAAUCAAAGUCAUAGGUUUAAUUUG